UUCGUUUGAAUACGUUGUAACUUCUUAACUCUGGUCCAUUGAGAAUUCUUUUAGUUUCAAACAAGAAUUCACUCUGGACAAGAGCUUUACUCAUAUCUUAAGGAUUCACGGUUACUAGCCAAUCUACAACAUUUGUGGAGCUCAAGUGUGAGUGAACUGAAAGAGUGUGAGUGAGGAGAGAUUGAACGCUAACUUGUUUGCUGAUUGUGUAGGUAACACCUUGACAUGGAAGGAAGCACAUCCCAAAGUUGGGGUACUACUGAACAAGACACUAUAUUACCAGAAGUUUAGAGAGGUUGAACACCGAAGUUGGGGCAAUGAGGGGAGAUUUGACUAUGAUAAGUGGGAGAUUGGAGCAAGUGGAGAGUCAAAGGAACUCUAGUCCAUCCACUCCUCAUCAUAUUCCUUCAAGAGGGCAUGAAAGAACUUCAUCCACAACAAUCUCACCAGAAACAUUGCACCAAAUAAUGAAUCCACCUCUAGCCCCACUAAAUGCCACAAAUCAUACCACUACUUUCCCUCCAAACCAAAAAGCAAAUAGACCACGCCAUUCCCAAACUCCUCCAAUUCCACAAGAAGUAUGUAGCCGUCCAUUACCUCCAAAAAAUCUGAACGUACCUUACCAAACUCCACCAAAUCAAAGACCACCACCUCCACAAAUCCCAAUGCCUUCAAAUCAGAUUUCAAAUCACCAAAACCGACCAGCUCACUUUGAGGAACAUGCUAGAGAGGAGUAUGAUGGAUAUGGAGCCUUUGAUGAUGCUUACAUGAGAGAGGAGGAGAUAAGAAGGGGCUGUGUUGAUCCAAGGAGGUACCGAGGGUAUGGAGAAAGAGGAAAUCGACACCAAGAAAGAGACAUAGGCAUCAAUACCAUCUAAUUGAGCUUACCUAUCUUUAAGGGUGAAAGUGACCCCGAGUCCUACUUAGCUUGGGAAUCAGCUUGUGACAAAGUUUUUCAAGUUAAUAAUAUCUCGGAAGAAAAGAAAAGUUGUUAUGCCAUAGCUCAUUUUGAGGGUUAUGCCAACACUUGGUGGGAGUACGUCAAGCAUUUUGGUGAUGAAUUAGUUGAUGGGAAGCCACCACCUUGGUUUUGAUUAAGGUACUUGAUGAGGCAACGGUACCUUCCCUAGAGUUAUCGCUAUGAAUUGCUUGCUAGAUUGUACAACUUGUGUCAAGGCAAUAAAAGUGUGAUGGCAUAUUAUGAAGAGUUUCAACAACUCACGUUGAAGCUUGAUCAUCAUUGGGAACAAAUCAGUCAUGACAUCAUCUGAUUCAAGUAUGGGUUGAACCUUAUCUCCACUCAUUUGACACUUCACAAAUUUGAUACCGUUGAAGGUAUUUUCCAAGCGGCUCUUGAGAUUGAAAGGGAGCUUAAAGAGAGGUAGUCGCUCAAGGCAAGGGGACAAUCCAUCUCGGGUUGGCCUAGAAGCAAGGACAUGGUUCAAUCCUCUUCGGGUUGGCCCAAAAACAAGGACCAACCCGCCAAUACAAGGCUUCCCGAGCCCAAAACAGUCCACAAAAUUCCUCUAAAACAAGAAGUUCACAAGUAUCCAUACCCAAAAAGAUUCCAAUGUUUCAAGUGCCAAGGUUGGGGACAUAAAUCCAAUGAAUGUCCAAAUCGACGCAAAAUGAUACUACGAGAAGGGAUAUUGUAUUACCUUGGUAAGGAGGUGGGUCUUGAAAAAGAAGAGGAUGAGACCGAGCCUCAAGAUGGAGAGAAAACUGGAAAUAGGCCACUUGAUGAUGACGAUGAUGAUGGUGAAGUUAUUUACCCUAGCCAAAGAGAAAAUCUAUUCCAUACUAAAUGCCUUGUAAAGGGUUAUGUGUGCACUUUGGUGAUUGAUAGUGGUAGUUGUAUGAAUGUCGUUAGUGUCGCUGUGGUGAACUUUCUGAAAUUACCAACUACACUUCAUAGCCCUUACAAGUUACAAUGGUUGAACGGAUGCAGUGAAUUGAAGGUCAUGAGGCAAUGUGUGAUACGGUUUAAGGUAGGGAACUACCAAGACGAAGUGCUUUGUGAUGUGAUACCAAUGCAAGCAUGUCAUUUGUUGUUAGGUAGACCUUGGCAAUAUGAUAGGUCUACCAAACAUGAUGGGAGGACCAACCAAUAUUCACUUGAGAAGGAUGGUCAAAAGGUCACUCUUUAUCCUCUUUUGCCAUCAAAAGUGAAUGAAUUACAUCAAAAGAUGAGGGAGUUGAAGGAGAAGGGAAAGAAACCCAAAAAUAGUGAAAAGGAGGGGAAAACCGUGGGUGGGGCAGUAGGGAUUUUCGGGACUGCCUCAAUGUCAAAUGGGCAAGAAACAUGGUGAUGUUGGCUAGAAAGAAGGAACUCUUCUUGGAUUAUGAUGUGGACAUGCCUAUGCUUCUUUUGGCUUAUUGUUUUAAUACUAACCCCACUAAUUCUUCUAUUUCUCCUUUGAUUUCUUGUGUGUUGUGUAGGAUUAUGAAGAUGUAUUUCCCAAAGAACUUCCACAAGGAUUGCCCCCGCUUCGGGGAAUUGAACAUUAAAUUGACUUUGUGCCACACUCAUAAUUGCCAAAUAA